GGCAAACCUCUACCAUCUGGGCAUCAUAGUCACCGUAGCUCCCUCACCCACACCACACACAGACUCCAGACAUGAUGCUCGUCCUCCUCGCCUGCCUGGCCGCCCUGGCCGUCGCUGCCCCUCAGUUCGAUAAUUCGCCGCCCGUAGCGAUCCUCCGUGACGACCGUGUCGACAAUGGUGACGGCAGCUUCCAAUAUGCCUUCGAAGCCGACAACGGCAUCGCCGUGGAAGCCUCCGGCACCCCUGGCAGCCAAGGACAGAGCAACAUACAGGGCGUCUUCAGGUUCCCCCUCUCCGACGGCAGCAUCGCUGAGGUCCGCUACAUCGCCGACGAGAACGGCUUCCAGCCCCAGUCUCCCCUGCUGCCCACCCCUCCCCCCCUCCCUGCCCACGCCAUCGAACAGAUCCGCUUCGCCGAGGAACAGCGCGCCCUCGGUGUUGUAUUCGAGUAAAACUGUGUCAUCUACCCACCUUCACCACCACAAAUUCUUUACAAUAUCGCUCAAAACAGAACUGAAUACCCUUAUAAACACUAUGAAAAUGGGUUGAAUUAUAUUACUAAUAAAACAUAACUAAA